CGCCCGCCACCCGCCGCCCCUUGGCGACCGCCCGCUCCGCCACCGCCGCGGCUCAGCCGGGACCAAGCAGCCACAGCGAGCCAGGCGGCGGCGCACUGUGUUCGGCGCGCCGGGUGCCGGCAGCGGAGCGCCCCGAGGCGUGCGGGCGCCGGGCUCCGGGCACUGCGGGGCUGCGGGCUCCGCGCGGGGAGGCGGGCGGGCGCGUGGCCGUGGUGCGGGCGCCCCAGCCGGCCGCGAUCGCCGGAUCUCUAGACCAGGAGAUGAGGCUCAGUGCUGCUCAGGAAUGGCAGAGCUCAUGACACUUGGACAGCCACUGCGACUUCUGAGCCUGACGACCAUCUUCAUGGUGUCACUCAAGCACCUGCUAGAAACCAGGCAGGAACAGCGACCCUAGAGAGCACAGCCUGGCGCCAGGAGCCAAGAAUGCAGGGGUGAUGUCUCCGGAGGCCCCGCCUCCCUUCCUCCCGGGCGCUAGGAGCCGUCCCCAGGCUCCAGCCAGGAGCCCUGGUGUUCAGGGGCAUGGCCAAACCUUUCUUCCGACUUCAGAAGUUUCUCCGCCGAACGCAGUUCCUGCUCUUCUUCCUCACGGCCGCCUACUUGAUGACCGGCAGCCUGCUGCUGCUGCAGCGGGCUCGAGUGGCCCUCCCACAGGGCCCCCGGGCGUCCGGCCCCCUGCCCGACUUACCCAUGGCUGCCAUGGCACUGGGUGUGGGCUUGCUGGACAGCAGAGCCCUGCACGACCCCCACGUCAGCCCCCAGCUGCUGCUCGGCAUGGACAUGCUGCGGAACCCUCUGGCCCGGCCCCGGACUGGGCCACGCUGGCUCCGGAGCCGCAACUCUGAGCUGCGCCAGCUGCGGCGCCGCUGGUUCCACCACUUUGUGAGCGACCCCCAAGGAUCACCGGCCCUGGGCCCUGAGGCCCCCAGAGCAGCUGCCAGCAGCCGAGGUACAUACGUGGGAUGCUUCAGUGAAGAUGGUCAGGACAGAACCCUGAAGGGGGUUGUCUUUUAUGACCUGAGAAAGAUGACCAUCUCCCACUGCCAGGAGGCUUGUGCUGAGUGGUCCUAUAUCUAUGCCGGCUUGGAGGCAGGUGCAGAGUGCUACUGUGGGAACCGGCUCCCGGCGACCAGCGUCGGCUCCCACGAGUGCAACCACGAGUGCAAAGGGGAGAAGGGCGUCUUGUGUGGGGGCGCCGGCCGGCUCUCUGUGUACCGGGUGGAGGAACUGCAGGCUGGUGCUGUAAACCGGAGGACCGUCACGUCCCGUGGGUGCUUCAGGCUGCCAGAGAAUGUCACACACACCUUUCCCGACUCCCUGAUCCAGACCAACGUGACAGUGGAGACGUGCUCAGGCUUCUGUUCCCAGAAAGAGUUUCCCUUGGCCAUCCUCAGGGGCUGGGAGUGCUACUGUGCCUACCCCACACCACAGUUUAGCCUGCAGGAUGCUGUGGACAGUUCCCUGUGCAGCCAGGAGCCUGAGACACAGCGGCUGGGAGAGUACUGUGAGGUCUACCAGACGCCCAUGCAAGACACUCGGUGCACAGACAGGAGAUUCCUGCCCACCAAAUCCAAAGUGUUUGUGGCUUUGUCCAGCUUCCCAGGAGCUGGGAACACAUGGGCACGGCACCUCAUAGAGCACGCCACUGGCUUCUACACAGGGAGCUACUAUUUUGAUGGGACGCUCUACAACAAAGGCUUUAAGGGUGAAAAGGACCACUGGCGGAGCCGGCGCACCAUCUGUGUGAAGACCCACGAGAGUGGUAAGAGGGAAAUCGAGAUGUUUGACUCGGCCAUCCUGCUGAUCCGGAACCCAUACAGAUCCCUGGUGGCUGAGUUCAACAGGAAGUGCGCCGGGCACCUGGGUUACGCAGCUGACCGCAACUGGAAGAGCAAAGAGUGGCCAGAUUUUGUCAACAGUUACGCGUCUUGGUGGUCAUCGCACGUCCUGGACUGGCUCAAGUACGGGAAGCGGCUGCUGGUGGUGCACUACGAGGAGCUGCGACGCAGCCUGGUACCCACGCUGCGGGAGAUGGUGGCCUUCCUCAAUGUGUCCGUGAGCGAGGAGCGGCUGCUGUGUGUGGAGAACAACAAGGAGGGCAGCUUCCGGCGGCACGGUGGGCACCCUCACGACCCUGAGCCCUUCACCCCUGAGAUGAAGGACCUUAUCGAUGGCUAUAUCCGAACAGUGGACAAGGCCCUGCGUGAGCACAGUGGGGCUGGGCUGCCCAGGGAGUAUGUGCCCAGAUGAUGAGUCCCAGUCUCAUCUCAGCAGUGUGUGCCUGCUGCUGAGAGCCGCCUGGCCUCCUGGGCCGUGCCUGUGCUCAGAUGCUGGGUCCGUGGACACCAGAGAGGCUGACCUGGAUACUGCUUCCUGCAGGGAGAGCUGGACACGCUAUCACCAGGGCAGAAGAAAUGUCCCUGGACAGGUGGCCACAGUUUCUGACAGACACACCUUGACAAGCCACUCAACACUCACAGUGCCUGCACCAGGUUGCCCAAGUCAGGAGACACUUGACACCCUAGGACUUGUUGAGGUAGUCAGUUACGCUCAGAUCCCAAAGGCUGUCGAUCUGUCUGCCUUUCUCACACAGAGACAGACACUUGACUCUGGAUGCUCAAUGGGGCAGGCCUUCAUGCUAGGAGCAGCAAGGACACUGGAGAGGGGGUGGGCUCCUGGACUACUGCUGCUCAGUCCAGCGGCCCCAGCCCUGUGUGUGACAUCCCAUAAAGGUGUGUGGUGUGACAGCUAGGCACCACUAACUC